GCCCCCUACUGUGUUUACGGGACAAGCUUGAAACGGUCAAGUCGCAAAUUGGAUUUUACAAUGUAAAUAGAAAGCAGGAGAAUCAUUCGCGAAGUCGUAAAUAUCUAUUUAAAAUUACCUUAGACUGGGUACAUCAGUUAUUUACUGAACUAGCUAAUUGUGUAUUUGCUGAAACAGUCAUAUCGGUGUUUUUAGGAAUUACAAGUGGUUUAAAACAGAAUAAAUAUGUAUCGGUCUCUGUAUGCUUUCCGAUCCGCGGAGCCCAACUCGCUCCACUUCGGGGCCGGGGAGGGCUUUCUGAUCCUGGAACGCAGCAACAAACACUGGUGGCUCGGCUCGCGCUGCAGUUCGGGCGAAACCGGCUACGUUCCCGCUUCUUACAUCGAAAGGAUUCAGGCUCCGGAGCAGGAUGAAGUCUUACAGUCUAUCGACAGGGCCAUCGAAGGGAUCCAUAACGUGGCCAUGAAGAACGGGGGCAAAUACAACCUGGAGCAGCGAGACGUGCUACAGAAGUUGAUCCAUCACAGGAAGGAGACCCUGUCAAGGCGAAGUCCAACUUCAUCCAGUCACAAGCAGGGCCUGCCCUCAUCUACCAGCGAACUGUCCCUCAGCCACACCCCUCAACCACCCAAUGGUGUCAGCCGCACCCUGUCAGAGAGUACCGACAAUCUUCAAGGGCUUUACCAGGUGCCUCCUCAGCCCCGCCGUGCAGCACCCAUAACCCCUCCCCCUCCUGAGAAACAAAGAGCCAGCCGACGCCCAGCAGAGUUUUCCAUUCCUCCACCUCCUGGCCCUACCCCUCCUGCCGGGACUGGCCUGUCCCCCUCGGUCAGCUCCGCCUCCCUGGACUCUGUCUCCUCCCACUCGGUGGUGUCCUCUGAUGUCAGCCUGACAAGCGUUGCCAGCACCCCGCCCCCAGUGCCAAGUCGUGUGAAGCCCCCACCCCAUCCUCCAGACGACCUGUCCCCCUCUACUCCCUCUCCCCAGCCAGUUCCCUCAAAGAAGGGCCAUGCCCCCCAACCUCCACCACCACAGCCCACUCCACCACCACAGCCCACUCCACCACCACAGCCCAGCACCGAGGACCAAACAGAAACCGACUGGCCUCUUGCCCCGCCCUCUGUCGCUGAAAGCACCCCCGGCAGCCCCUCUAACUCAGAGCCUGUUCCCGGGACAACAGGGGCGGAGCUUAUCGAGCUGGUUCGGAGCAACACGGGCCUGAGUUACGAGCUGUCUCGGGUGGCGGUGGGUGUGGUCGUGGGUCACCUGCAGACCACCCUUCCUCAAGCCUCCUCUGCCUUAGAGAAGGUCCUCCUCUCAUUGGUAGAGAGCAAGGAUCAGAGAUCUGCGUUGCCACAGGGACAAGUGUGUCACGAUGAACAGCGCCUGGAGGUCAUAUUAGGCGACCUCGCCCAUCACGUCGACGACUCUCAGCAGCGCAGCUGGGCCCUUUACGAAGACCACUCCCUCAUCGCAUGUUACCUGGAGGAGCUGCUGAAGAUACUGACGGAUGCAGAUCCAGUGGUGUGUAAGAGGAUGUGCAGGGUCAACCACUCUGAGCCAGUGCUGUCACUAGUGUCCUACUAUCAGAUGGAGCACCGAGUGUCUCUACGCCUGCUGUUGCUUAAGGUGUUUGGGGCGAUGUGUAGCCUGGACUCUGCCCUCAUCUCCACCCUCCUCAACUCCAUCCUGCCCAUGGAGCUGGCCAGAGACCUGCAGACUGACACACAGGAGCAUCAGAAGAUGUGCUACACAUCCUUGGUCCUGACUAUGAUCUUCUCUAUGGGGGAGCAGGUGCCAUAUCACCACUAUGAGCACUUAAACGCUAGCUUUGUUCAGUUCCUGCUAGAUGUGGUAGAGGAGGGUCUUCCAUCUGACCCCACGGAACAGCUCCCUGACCUCUGCGUCAACCUCAUCCUGGCCUUCAACCUGCACCUCACAGUGCCCAGCAGCAACGUGAUAAUGCAGACUUUGAUCAAGAAAAACGUGAAGCUCUUUUCUGAGAAAAUAGUGCUGCUACUAAACCGAGGAGAUGACCCUGUGUGUGUCUUUAAACAUGCUCCCCCUGCCCCACACUCAGUACUUAAGUUCCUGCAGGAUGUCUUCGCCAGCCGAGACUCUGCUAACAUCUUCUACCGCACGGACAUGAUGGUGAUGAUAGAUAUCGCUGUUCGAUGCAUCUCUGACCUCUCACCUGGGGAAAAGUUGAGAAUGGAGUACCUCGCGCUCAUGCACUCCGUCAUGCGCUCCACAGACUACCUGGAGCACCGGCACCGCCUCUCCGACCUGCAGGGCGCGCUGCAAAGGAUUCUAAGAGAGGACGACUCGGGAGCGGACAAGGGCGGGUCCACGGCCAAACAGAUGGAUAAGCUAAUAGUGCAGGAGAUCUACAAGGAAUUCCCUCAGAUCAGAGACACCUAGGACGACUGAAUAUGACAGCGGUGGUGUGCACUCAUGAGCCGGUAGUCUGUCUCCUUUAUACCGAGGGAUGGUACUGUGGCGCUUCCUAGGGUUGACGGAAGGACUGUAGUCAGCUACUUAGUUUCUGAGUGUUACAACCCUCCGUCACACUUUUUACAAUUAUGACAUAAAAGAUGGCAUGAGCACCAGCUGUCAUGGCGGUUGAUUGCAUCCGUUGUGUCAUGAUUAUGAUAAUGCUAUGUAGCUCUUAUGACGGAGGAUUCAAGUUACCCAACAGCAUACUGCAUUGUGCUUUAAAUGUGCUCCCUUGUACUGGGGGACCAAACUGCGGUGUGAACGGAGGGUCUUGUAACCCUGGGACUGGUGUGCUGUAUACCGUCUUCUUACUUUCAGUCUAUUCAUGUGUCUUGAUCACACUUAUUCCUCACCACCUGGCAUGGCCUCACAGUAUGUUACUGAGACAGUUCAAAGAAAAGACAAAUUAGGUGAUUAUACUGAUAACAAAACAUUCUGGUCCAGUUUCCUAGACACUGAUGAAGCCAAGUUCUGGACUGAAAAGCGUGCUCAAUGGAGAAUCUAUAUUAACUAGGCUUAAUCUGUGUCCUGGAAACCAGACCUCUGACAAUAAUACAUAAUACAUUCUAGGCUUUGAGGUUAGUUUAAUACUCACUAUUUAUUGCAAUGGCAAUGCUGCUACAUGAGCCUCAUUUACCUUAAUAUCUAUGGCUGUGAUUCUCUGACUGAGCACAACUUGUUACCUUGCUUUCGCCAUUACUUGUGACCCUGCUUUCGCCAUUACUUGUGACCUUGCUUUCGCCAUUACUUGUUACCUUGCUUUCGCCAUUACUUGUGACCUUGCUUUCGCCAUUACUUGUGACCUUGCUUUCGCCAUUACUUGUGACCUUGCUUUCGCCAUUACUUGUGACCUUGCUUUCGCCAUUACUUGUGACCUUGCUUUCGCCAUUACUUGUGACCUUGCUUUCGCCGUUACUUGUGACCUUGCUUUCGCCGUUACUUGUGACCUUGCUUUCGCCGUUACUUGUUACCUUGCUUUCACCGUUACUUGUGACCUUGCUUUCGCCGUUACUUGUGACCUUGCUUUCGCCAUUUCUUGUUACCUUGCUUUCUUCCCUACACUUUAUCUACAGUAACCUCCACUCUAGGCAUGGCUAAAGUAUGACAUGCUCUAAAUUCUUCUCAACCAGACCACUCUUACUCUGCUCUGCUGCUUGUGCUGUAGAUGGAACGUAACGGUACUGUAGUAACAAGCUGUAACACGCUGCUUCUACAUACUAAGCCUUGACUAACUUCCUAUAUCGCUAUGGCUCUCUGAAAGGGAAUGUAGUUAUUUAUUCAUAGGAAAUAAUAAGGGAUUGAUAAGAUUCGAUUGGUCAGUAUUUUUUUAAUUUUUAAAUGUAGUCUGGGGUUAACUACGGGACUUGUCACCUAGAUUGAUUGAUUGCUUUGCCCUGAUCAUUUUGGUCUGAAAUCUAUCAGUUACCACAGUAUGGUGUCUCCCAUCCUUAGGAUGGCACUCUACUAUGCCCCCUACUGUAAUUUAACCCUUUACUAUAGUACCCCUGAGAAUCAGCCUACAAGACACAAAGCUUAUCUUCUUAGUUUCCACCAGUUUUGCACGACACACAAUUUUUAUUUUGCAACUCUCACUCUUACUGACUUCUCUGAGUCACUGUCUCUCUCUCCGUCAGAGCUCUUUCUCUCUUUGUGUCAUAGUUUAUUUUUUACUUGGCUCUGUUAGAGCUAAUAGGGGGAAGUGUUUAUGUGGCAAAAUAGUCGUGGCCGUCAUGAUGCACGUAUACCUAACACACACUUAAAAGGAAGUGUUUACACAUAUAAACAUAUAUACCAGAGUGUAUUUUCUCUGACGUAUGUGUUUUUAUUAUCCAGUGUUCAUGCAUAAAAGCUAUGCAUGUGUGUGUCUAUGUACGGUUUGUGUAUAUUUUCGUAACUAUGUAUGGUUUUAUCAUCGUCCCUGUAGGUUUGAGCCUCCAUUGUCCCUUAAGGUACGACUGUGUUAUAGCAAUAAAACCAACUGAACUAUAUUUUCCCAAUUAAAUAUAUCUGAAAUGGUUGUUCAGAGAGGGGUGAUGCAACAAAGUGUAUUUUCUUAAUGUUUACAAUCAACUAAUAAACAUCUCAAUGAACA